ACACCGCGGGGCGCUCGGAGCUGGUGGCUCCCGUCCUGCGGGUCCUCAACCUGAGCGGGCGCCCGCGGGGAGCGCGGAGAGGAGCACCUGUGCGACCCCAGCCUCCCGACACGACACCCGGGCGGAAGACGACGGGGACCCCGCCCGAUCCCUCCCGCGAGCGGGCGGGGCGGCCCCACGCCGGCUCCUCCCCCGCAGCCCCGGCUCGGCUCAGUCGCGGCGCGCGGUUCCGCAGGUGGCAGCUAUGACCCAGUCCUGAGCGCCCCGCCAUGGCCGGCACCCCCAGCCUGCUGCGCCUGGCGCUCCUGCUGCUCGGGGCGGUGAGCAGGGCCGGCCCUCGCCCCCAGGGUGCCACGGUGUCCCUGUCAGAGACGGUGCAGAAAUGGCGAGAGUAUCGUCGCCAGUGCCAGCGUUUCCUCACUGAGACGCCGCUUAUGGCCGCAGGCCUCUUCUGCAACCGAACCUUUGAUGACUAUGCCUGCUGGCCUGACGGGCCCCCAGGUUCCUUCGUGAACGUCAGCUGCCCCUGGUACCUGCCCUGGGCCAGCAGUGUGCUUCAGGGCCACGCGUACCGGUUCUGCACAGCCGAGGGCCUCUGGCUACACAAAGACAACUCCAGCCUGCCGUGGAGGGACCUGUCGGAGUGUGAAGAAUCCAAGCGAGGGGAGAGAAGCUCCCCCGAGGAGCAGCUCCUGUCGCUGUAUGUCAUCUACACAGUGGGGUAUGCUCUCUCCUUCUCCGCCUUGGUCAUCGCCUCAGCCAUCCUUGUCGGCUUCAGGCACUUGCACUGCACCCGGAACUACAUCCACCUGAACCUGUUUGCAUCCUUCAUCCUUCGAGCACUGUCCGUCUUCAUCAAGGACGCCGCCCUCAAAUGGAUGUACAGCACGGCUGCUCAGCAGCACCAGUGGGAUGGGCUCCUCUCCUAUCAGGACUCUCUGAGCUGCCGCCUGGUGUUCCUGCUCAUGCAGUACUGCGUGGCAGCCAACUACUACUGGCUCCUGGUGGAGGGCAUCUACCUGUACACGCUGCUGGCCUUCUCAGUGUUCUCGGAGCAGCGCCUCUUCGUGCUGUACCUGAGCCUAGGCUGGGGUGUCCCCCUGCUGUUCGUUAUUCCCUGGGGCAUUGUCAAAUACCUCUACGAGGAUGAAGGCUGCUGGACUAGAAACUCCAACAUGAACUACUGGCUCAUCAUCCGACUGCCCAUUCUCUUUGCUAUUGGGGUCAACUUUCUCAUCUUCAUCCGGGUCAUCUGCAUCGUGGUAUCCAAGCUGAAGGCUAACCUCAUGUGCAAGACUGACAUCAAAUGCAGGCUCGCCAAGUCCACGCUGACACUCAUCCCCCUUCUGGGGACACAUGAAGUAAUCUUUGCCUUUGUGAUGGAUGAACAUGCCCGAGGAACCCUCCGCUUCAUCAAGCUCUUCACAGAGCUCUCCUUCACAUCCUUCCAGGGCCUGAUGGUGGCUAUCUUGUACUGCUUCAUCAACAAUGAGGUCCAGAUGGAGUUUCGGAAGAGCUGGGAACGCUGGAGGCUAGAGCAUUUGAACAUCCAGAGGGACAGCAGCAUGAAGCCCCUCAAGUGUCCCACCAGCAGCGUGAGCAGCGGGGCCACAGUGGGCAGCAGUGUGUACGCAGCCACCUGCCAGACUUCCUGCAGCUGAGCCCCAGGGGUCCUUGCUGCUGGCUGGGUGGCCAUCCCAGGUGGGGGAGAGCCUCCCAGGAACAGGGAAGGGGA